AUGGUACCAAAUGAAGCCCACCAGCACAAAGGAGUUGUACGGUUACUUCAGCAUUUCAGAUGGAUAUGGAUUGGGCUUUUGGCUGUGGAUGAUGACAAAGGAGACAAGUUUUUACAGACAGUUGUGCCAAUACUCUCCCAGAAUGGCAUCUGUUCUGCUUUCAUAAUUAGAAUACCAAAACGUGCUUACGUAGAUGAGCUGAUAGACUUGUUUUUACAGCAGCGGGAAAACUAUGAAAUUCUUAUGGAAAGAAAAGCCAAUGUAUUAUUUGUAUAUGGAGAAAAUCCAUCCUUUCAGGUUCUGAGAGUGUUGGUCUUCCUAGCACCAUUCUUGGAAUUGCCACCUCUAGGUAAAGUGUGGAUUAUUACCUCCCACUGGGAUUUUGCAUCACUGUCUGUUCAGAAGAUUUGGGACAUACAAACGUUCCAUGGUUCCAUAUCCUUCACAGUUCACUCAAAGCAGCCAUUAGGUUUCCAAAAGUUCAUUCAGAUGGUCCAUAAUUCUCUGAAGCACAUCUUAUUCAACAACAGUGCCGGAGACACUGUGCACUUUGAUGACAAUGGGGAACUAAUUGCAGGUUUUGAUGUUACCAACUGGGUGAUGCUCCCGAAUGGCUCAGUGGUUAGAGUCACAGUUGGAAAACUAGAACCUCAGGCUCCUCCAGGCAAAGAGUUAAGCAUUAACGAUCACCAAAUUGUGUGGCAUAAGAGCUUUAAUCAGGAUAAAUUUCCUGGCACAUACAAUCUCAACAACCCAUUAGUUGCAGAUCAGAUGGGCUCAAUAUACAUUUCCUUGAUGUUUAUUAUCAGUUUUGGUUCUGUGCAGGUGUUGCCUCUUUCUGUGUGCAAUGACAACUGCUAUCCCGGUUACAGCAGGAAAAAGAAUGAAGGGGAGAAGUUUUGCUGCUAUGAUUGUGCUCCAUGUCCAAAAGGGAUGAUCUCUGACUAUAAGGACAUGGAUGCCUGUGCCAAUUGUCCAGAAGACAGGUAUCCCAAUAAGGAACAAACUCUAUGCAUUCCCAGGGUUGAAACCUUCCUCUCUUACAAAGAAGAAUUGGGGGCCAUUUUAGCUACCUUGGCUUUUUCUUUUUCUUUUCUCACAACUUUAGUACUUGGAAUUUUCAUGAAGCACAAGGACAGUGCCAUUGUGAAAGCCAACAAUCAGACCCUCACCUACAUCCUCCUCGUUUCUCUCCUUCUUUCUUUCCUCUGUUCCUUCCUCUUUAUUGGACAGCCUGGAAAAGUGAUCUGCCUUUUUCAACAAAUAGCUUUUGGCAUCAUUUUCUCUGUGGCCCUUUCCAGCAUUUUGGCAAAAACUAUCACUGUGGUACUGGCAUUCAUUGCAACCAAACCUGGAGGAAGGAUGAGGAAAUGGGUAGGGAAAAAACUGACAAAUUCUAUUGUAUUUUCUUGCUCCUUUAUUCAAGCUGGGCUUUGUACUUUUUGGUUAAGUACUUCCCCUCCAUUCCCAGAUAGGGACAUGCAUUCAGUGAAUGGGGAAAUCAUACUGGAAUGCAAUGAGGGUUCAGCUACAAUGUUUUACUGUGUCUUGGGCUAUAUGGGCUUCCUGGCCAUUGUCAGCUUCAUUGUGGCUUUUCUGGCCAGGAAGUUACCUGAUAGUUUCAAUGAGGCCAAAUUUAUCACUUUCAGCAUGUUGGUGUUUUGCAGUGUUUGGUUGUCCUUUGUUCCAACCUACCUGAGCACUAAAGGAAAAUAUAUGGUAGCUGUGGAGAUCUUUUCCAUCUUGUCUUCCAGUGCUGGUUUACUGGUUUGCAUCUUUCUCCCUAAAUGCUUCAUCAUUUUGCUGAAGCCUGAAAUGAACAACAAAGAGCAAAUAAUGACCAGAAAAGGUGAACAAAUAUAA